AUGAACGGCAUGCAUGCUGGAAAUAUGCCCGCGGCCAUGGUUGGCCUCCCUACGCCGGCAGGGCACCAAGCCGAGCUAAAUUACAUCUACGGCUUGGUUGAGGAGUUGAGCCGACAGCUUGCGCAGAAUCAGCGCGCCCUGGAGGAGGUAGUCUCGGGCGUUGGCAAAGUGCGCGGGCGAGCAAGGUCACAGUCUCUGACAAAUGACGAACUACUCAAUGCCGCCGGGGAAGAACUCAAGAACCAAGACGAAAACAUAGACCAACUAGUCUCCAUCCUCACGGAAGCUCUCGAAAAAGCCAAAUUCUCUCGCGACGCCAACGCCGCCCUUUUGUCUCAAUACUCGCAAGUCAUGUACACCAUGCUCAAGAAAUUCCACGAGUACAAAGCCAAGCACGUGUCCGACGUGGCCGCCUGGCACCACUCGUACCGGGCCCAGCUCGCCGAGGCGCGCGCGGAGAAUAGUCGGCUGCGCGAGCAGAUCUGGGAGAUGCAGGCGCACGCGGGCAAAGCCAACGAGCUGGUGCGGCGGUUCCGGGCCGAGUACGACAAGGACGAAAAGCGCUGGGAGCGCAAUGUCAAUACCAAGGCCGUGAGGCAGGAGCUGAGGUUCUGGAAACGCAUGGCGAUGCCGGAACUGCCAGAUGAUGACGAGUUUUGGAGCGAUGAUGAUGAUGUUAUUGAUGGGGCGGAGAAGGAGAGGCAGAAGGAGAUACAAAAGUUGGAUGCGGAGCAGCAGGCGCAGGCUGCGCAGGCUGUGGCGGAGGAGGCGGCUGCUAAUGAGGCUGCUGCUGAAAGUAGUGGUGGGUUGGGAGAGAUGAGUGGGAGUGGAAGUGGGAGUAAUGGUUCUGGCCUGACGGGGGUACCGCCGGAGGUACCACAGCCGCCGGUUUCCUGA